AUGGCUACGAGAUACAACUUUGCAAUGGAAUACGCCGGAGACACGUUCUUCGAUCGCUGGACAUUCUUUGAUCAUAGUGAUAAUCUGACCAAUGGAGACGCCAUGUUUCUUGCACAACCCCAAGCGAAAAAGAGAUCCCUGGCAUUCGUGAAUGGUAACGGUCAUGCUGUCAUGCGAGUGGACAACUCGUCAAUAAUAUCAUUCGGUGAUAAACGGGAGAGUAUCCGCAUAACUUCUAAAGAUCGAUUUAAAGUGGGAAGCGUGUGGAUCGCCGACUUUCUUCAUGUACCCUACGGAUGCUCCACCUGGCCUGCGUUCUGGUCAACAGCGCCAGACUGGCCAAACGGAGGCGAAAUUGACACGUUCGAGGGUAUUAAUGAUGUAAAAAACAAUCGCAUGACUCUACAUACAGAACCGGGCUGCGUGCAAGCAAAUGCGACUCAGACCAGUACUUUAGUGAACUCGACGGACUGUAGUUAUCUACUGAACGGGAACCAAGGUUGCGUCACGUCUGAUCCACAGCCUUCUUCGUAUGGCGAGGCAUUUGCGAAGGCUGGCGGAGGAAUCUACGUUACAGAAUUUGCGGAAUCUGGUGUCUCCAUCUGGUUUUUCAACCGUUCGUCAAUUCCAGCGUCGUUACAGGGACAAAAUGUAACAACCUUCGACACGGCGACGUUUGGGACUCCUGUUGCGAAUUGGCCGAAUUCGGGAUGUAACAUUGAGGAAUUCUUCAAGCCACAGAAUCUUGUGUUUGAUAUCACUCUCUGCGGCGAUCUUGCCGGAUUUCCAUCGAUUUUCGCUGAGACGUGCCCAGGCGACUGCUACGAUGACUGGGUGGCCGGUCACCCAUCAAAUUUUGACAACGCAUAUUUCGAGGUUAAAAGCGUGAAAGUCUACGGGUCUGGCCCGAUGGCGUUCUCGAACGUUAUCUUAGCAAAUGAUGCCCAUGUUCAAAAUAGCGCGCAUAAUACUUGGACAGGACUCACUGUUUUGAUUGCGUCGGUGGUCUUUGCGAUUCUCAUGCAGUUUGAUGGCCUGUCACUUUGGUGA